UUUUUUUUAUCGAUUACUUGUUUCAGUUACAUUUUAUUCAAAAAAGCUCCUUUUUUUUCGCAAUGUGGUAACGUAGUUUAUUAGCUUUGGCAACUUGGGGUGUCUAACUUUUAAACCAGUUUUCUCUCGCAUUCUAAAUGGAGUUAAUUGAUAAUGUGCAUUUGUGUCUAAAUUUUCCUGAUUUUGCAGAAAAAAUUUCUUUGGUCAGAGGAAUAUAUAAGUACUACCAUUAUAACUGUGAUGGUGUCGAUGACAGGGGCUGGGGUUGUGGGUACAGGACACUCCAGACUAUAUGUUCUUGGGUUCAUCAUGAACAAAAUAUUAAUGCUUCAUUUAAGGAAUUUCCUGAGAGAAAAACUGGACCAGUACCAACUAUCCAAGAGAUCCAGAAGGCCUUGAAGACAAUGGGAGAUAAACCAGAUUCUUUUGUAGGGUCAAGAGAGUGGAUUGGAAGUGUAGAAGUAGCCAUGUGUAUUGACUUCUUCUAUAAUGUUUCCUGCAAGAUCCUCCACCUAAGGAGUGGAUCAGAAUUAAAAGAGACUGUCAAUGAAUUACACAGACACUUUGACUAUUUUGGUUCUCCUAUUAUGAUGGAUAUUCCCCUAUAGCUGCACAAUAUGUAUCUGCACUAGCCGUCUCUCAUUUGGAACUGAUAGACUAGAGAAAAGGCAGCUAGUCAACAGAACCAACAGCCAGCUCUCGUGUUACUCUAAUCGAAGAGUGAGACUUGAAAGUCACUCCUUAUAACGAAUCCAUGGCUCCAAAUUGCUGAGCUUGAUUUUGUGGCAAUGGGACACGAAUCGUGGACCUUUGGUUUAAAACAGUUCGGCACGCUAACCACUGGACUAUGUCCUACCAUUAAAUAACAUAAUCAGCUUUGCCACUCAGAUACAAAUAUUGGCUGGGGAAAACAAUUUAAAAAUUAAUGAGAAUCAAGCUUUAUUGAAAUACAAACGUUGCAACAAUUGUUUAUUGUAAAAAAUAGUCUAGAAAUAUAGACAAAUAAUAUCGAAAUAUUUAUUAAUUAGCGCUAAAACUUCUUUUUUUUUACAUCCUCAAGCUCUCAGUGUUUAUAAAGGACGAUGGAGAUCAAUAGUCAGACCUAUGAUUGAAUUUAAAAAAUAUAUUGAGGUGUUUGUUUUUAGCGCAAAGCUACACUGGACUAUUUGCACCCUGUUCACUGCGGAGAAUCGAACCCCGAGUUUUAGUGUUUUAAGUCCGUAUACUUACCGUUGACCCACUGGGUGACACAGAUGAUUUAUCGAAAGCUAAAAUAUGAGAUACAGGUAUGGUUCAUAAAUUGACGACAAAUAAAUAAAAACACUCUGUAUUAAAAAUAUAUAUUUCCUUUAGUUUUGCAUACUGUUUAAUUACUGAAUAAAAACUGCUCAUGUUGUAUGCCAGUUCAUUACGAAACUCAUAGUAGUUUCUCAUAGUAGUUUAAUAAGCUAAUUGAUUGUAGUGAGUUCCAAAAAUGAACUUGCAUAUGUUUUAUAAUGAUAUAUUUUGUACUUGAAAUAAUUUGUCUAAGGAGGGAGGAAAAGGUCCAUUAAAUAUCUGAUUCUCCC